GUAGAACAACAGCGAUAGCUGGCGUCUGCAAUACUGUCACCGACGCAGCAGUUAGCUUGUUUUCUGAAGAAAAUCAACUCUCGAUAUCUUACUGUCAAGAUGGUUAGGUCAACUCAAAUCGCCAGAAUCGAUGGCUUGAUGUUGGCAGCGUCGGUGGAUGAUGAACAGUCCGAGGUGGAGCUGUCAGAGAUCAAGUCUCAGGCGAAGAUGAUAUUCCGUCGCUUGAACCGUAAUUCAGAGCCGCAGGCGAGCAUUGAAUCCGGCCAGUUCAGUCUACACUAUAUCAUCCAAGACGACAUUUGCUUCCUCUGCAUAUGCGAUCGCUCCUACCCCCGCAAGCUUGCCUUCACUUAUCUCGCCGACCUUGCGACCGAAUUCACCACCACAUACUCGCCGACACAGUACCAGUCCCCCACCCUGCGACCGUACGCCUUUGUGGAGUUUGAUACCUUCAUCCAGCGGACCAAGAAGCUUUACCAGGACAGCCGUGCGUCGGCGAACCUUGACCGUUUGAAUGACGAACUUCGGGAUGUGACAAAGGUGAUGACCAAGAACAUCGAGGACCUACUGUACCGUGGUGAUAGCUUGGAGCGCAUGGGAGAGUUGUCCGGCCGGCUUCGGGAAGACAGCAAGAAGUACAGGAAAGCGGCGGUCCGCAUCAACUGGGAGCUGCUUGUCAAGCAGUACGGCCCAUUCGCAGGCGUCGGCUUCAUUCUCCUUUUCAUGAUCUGGUGGCGCUUCUUCUAAUUCUGCGCUUGGCAGCUACAAAUUUGUAUACCCACUAAUAUGAAUGUAUGCAUAGUUAAUGUCUUCGGUGGAUGCAGGACACCAUCGUCCUUGG